AUGACAUUUAUUGGCUUAUUUUUCUUCUGUAUGCUGAUGAACGUGCUAACAGAUGCACGAUCAAUCCAGGACAGAGACGCUCUCUACGGGGAAUCUGCACCCUUGCCUUACUGGCCCUUCUCAUCCAGUGAUUUCUGGUCCUACGUGGAAUAUUUCCGGACCCUGGGAGCGUACGACAGGAUCGAUGAAAUGGCCAGAACUUUCUUUGCCCAGUUGCCUUUUGGGAGUCACCUCGGCUACCACGUGCCCGACCACGAACGCUAA